AAUGAGAAAAUGGGUACUUUGAAUAUUACUGCUUUUAAGAAUUUACCUUAGACAAGCUUUUUUCGGUGUAGCAAUAGCUACCAACAAAGGGCGAAUCCAAGCCGGAACUAUGGUAUGAGAUACAGGAAAACUACCAGCAGCCACAAUAUGUGGGGAUAUUAAUGAUGAUGACUAUCAUAAUGGCUAGAGAAAAGGGCGGGAGACCGGAGAGGGGUAGUCCAACCCCCGAUUCCUGAUUUCUGCCCUGUUUUUACUGCUGCCGCCGCCACUGGCAGCAUUCAAAAUUCAAAGUGAAAAUUUCGCGAGCAAUUGCCGCAUUCCAAGCUGGGGGGCAGGAAUCAGGAGGCGGGAUCCAGAGUGUGUGUGUGUGGGGCUGCGAUUAUGCGGACCAAUGUCGCAUUUAAUUUAUGUAGAACGGCAAGCUGCGCUCAAAUUGAAUCCGAGUGAAAAACGGCGUAGGCGGCAGGGCGAUGGAGGGGCUCCUGGGGGCACGAAGGGUUCGAAGGGUGAAGUACCCUGGGAACAGGGAACAGCGAAACAAUGGUCUCCAUUACCGUGGUACACACAUUUCUGCACUGCUCCUCGACAUUCCAGUUCAUUCAGGACUCAUUACGGCUUCUGGGAAUAUAUUUGUGCGUUGGAAUUAAUUCAUGGCACUUGAUACACUACUUGAGCAGCCCAGUUGAUAAGUUGGAACCCUUGAAGCUGCCGUCAUUCCAAAGGCACGGGACACUUGCCAUCCCCGUUUCUAGUUAGUCUGAAAGUCUGGGGAAAUGCCUGUGGAAGUGGAAUACCCUCGCCGGGCGACCGGAAAGGUAACAGUAACAAUGGAGGCAAGCACCUGCCACCUGGUUGGUGGUGCUGGUGUGUCCAUAAAUACUCCAGUACACUCCCUUUUGGCACCGUGGAGCUGCCAAAACGAAACGCUGCCAACGGAAUUCCCCGUAAAGUGGCCAUGAUUUUCCAGAUGCGCUCCACGGUUCCCGGUUCCGGCCAUAACAAAUUAGUAGCGGAAACGGAAAUGGCGGAAAACGUCAACGACGAGUGUUGCCAAUGCUGCUGCAGAUGUUGCUGUUUAGGUGUAUGUGUGCCCGAAUGGUGGGGGUGGAUGUUAAUGUGAAUGUGGGUGGGCACUUCUACAUGGUUUCUAUUGCCCCCGUUUAAAUUUAGCAAUGCGCAGCAGCCAAUACAAUCACAACAACUCCCCGGGGAAGCGAACAGAGGGCAAAGCGGCUGGCGAGCGGACCCAGACUGCUGAGGAAAACGCAAUCCAUCCACAGACCGAACAAUAGCAUACAUCCAUCUAUCCAUCAUCUAGCAUCUCGGCCAGAUGCACUAGAGACCACCCGGAGCAACCCGAGCACCGGAUCCCAGCGAACUCCAGGACCUCAAAGUCCACCCACACAGCCAUGAUGCCCAGUCGCGUCAAGCUGAAAUGCGGCACGGAGGAUGAGGAUGAGAUCAAGCGAACCGCCGACGACUCAACUUCGAACACUGCCAGCAGCCAGCACAAUAGCAAUAGAAAUAGACGGCUAACAACGCCAGUCCUGACCCCUCCACUGCUGCUCCUCGUGGCCCUCGCGAUCCUCUUGCCGAUCCUGCUGGUCAGCAGGUCCUGCCACGCCCUCCGGCUGACCAACGGGGGCGGCAGCCUGAGCAAGGGCGCGGCGGCCAACAAGGAGCAGCUCAACAUCGGCCUGAUCGCGCCGCACACGAACUUCGGGAAGCGCGAGUAUCUGCGCAGCAUCAACAACGCGGUCACCGGAUUGACCAAGACGCGCGGCGCCAAGCUGACCUUCCUCAAGGACUACUCCUUCGAGCAGAAGAACAUCCACUUCGACAUGAUGUCGCUGACGCCCAGUCCGACAGCCAUUCUGAGCACGCUGUGCAAGGAGUUCCUGCGCGUGAACGUGUCGGCUAUCCUGUACAUGAUGAACAACGAACAGUUUGGACACAGUACCGCCUCGGCGCAGUACUUCCUCCAGUUGGCCGGCUACCUGGGCAUUCCGGUAAUCUCGUGGAACGCCGACAACUCGGGCCUGGAGCGACGGGCCUCGCAGUCCACCCUCCAGCUGCAGUUGGCCCCGAGCAUCGAGCACCAGAGUGCCGCCAUGCUGAGCAUCCUGGAGCGCUACAAGUGGCACCAGUUCUCGGUGGUCACCUCGCAGAUAGCUGGCCACGAUGACUUCGUGCAGGCGGUGCGGGAGCGUGUGGCCGAGAUGCAGGAGCACUUCAAGUUCACCAUCCUCAACUCAAUCGUGGUCACGCGGACCAGCGAUCUCAUGGAGCUGGUCAACAGCGAGGCCCGGGUGAUGCUGCUCUAUGCCACGCAGACGGAGGCCAUCACCAUCCUGCGGGCCGCCGAGGAGAUGAAGCUCACCGGGGAGAAUUACGUCUGGGUGGUGAGUCAGUCGGUCAUCGAGAAGAAGGACGCCCACUCGCAGUUCCCCGUCGGCAUGCUGGGCGUCCACUUUGACACCUCCAGUGCGGCGCUAAUGAACGAGAUCUCCAACGCCAUCAAGAUCUACAGCUACGGGGUGGAGGCCUACCUCACGGAUCCGGCCAACCGGGAUCGCCGCCUGACCACCCAGUCGCUGUCCUGCGAGGACGAGGGUCGUGGUCGCUGGGACAAUGGAGAAAUCUUCUUCAAGUACUUGCGUAACGUGUCCAUUGAGGGGGAUCUAAACAAGCCCAACAUCGAGUUCACGGCGGACGGUGAUCUGCGCUCGGCGGAGCUCAAGAUCAUGAAUCUCCGGCCCAGUGCCAACAACAAGAACCUGGUGUGGGAGGAGAUUGGAGUGUGGAAGUCCUGGGAGACGCAGAAGCUGGACAUUCGCGACAUUGCGUGGCCCGGCAACUCGCACGCCCCGCCCCAGGGCGUGCCGGAGAAGUUCCAUUUGAAGAUCACAUUCCUCGAAGAGGCACCCUAUAUCAAUCUGUCGCCCGCGGACCCGGUGAGUGGCAAGUGCCUGAUGGACCGCGGUGUGCUCUGCCGGGUGGCGGCCGAUCACGAGAUGGCCGCCGACAUCGAUGUGGGCCAGGCACACCGCAACGAGUCCUUUUACCAGUGCUGCAGCGGCUUCUGCAUCGAUCUCCUUGAGAAGUUCGCCGAGGAGCUGGGCUUCACCUACGAGCUGGUGCGGGUCGAAGAUGGUAAAUGGGGUACCCUCGAGAAUGGCAAGUGGAACGGCCUGAUCGCCGACCUGGUCAACCGCAAGACGGACAUGGUCCUCACCUCGCUGAUGAUCAACACGGAGCGGGAGGCGGUCGUCGACUUCUCCGAGCCCUUCAUGGAGACGGGCAUCGCCAUUGUGGUGGCCAAGCGGACGGGCAUCAUCUCGCCCACGGCCUUCCUGGAGCCCUUCGACACGGCCUCCUGGAUGCUGGUGGGCAUCGUGGCCAUCCAGGCGGCCACCUUCAUGAUCUUCCUCUUCGAGUGGCUCUCGCCCAGCGGGUACGACAUGAAGCUCUACCUGCAGAACACCAACGUGACCCCGUACCGGUUCUCCCUGUUCCGCACCUACUGGCUGGUGUGGGCCGUCCUCUUCCAGGCCGCCGUCCAUGUGGACUCGCCGCGCGGCUUCACCUCGCGGUUCAUGACCAACGUAUGGGCCCUCUUCGCGGUGGUAUUCCUGGCCAUAUACACUGCCAACCUGGCCGCCUUCAUGAUAACCAGGGAGGAGUUCCACGAAUUCAGCGGCCUCAACGACAGCCGUCUGGUGCAUCCCUUCUCCCAUAAGCCCUCCUUCAAGUUCGGCACCAUCCCGUACAGCCACACGGACUCGACCAUCCACAAGUACUUCAACGUCAUGCACAACUAUAUGCGCCAGUACAACAAGACCAGCGUGGCCGAUGGAGUGGCCGCCGUGCUCAACGGCAACCUGGACUCCUUCAUCUACGACGGCACUGUGCUGGACUAUCUGGUGGCCCAGGACGAGGACUGCCGGCUGAUGACCGUGGGCAGCUGGUAUGCCAUGACGGGCUAUGGGCUGGCAUUCAGCCGCAACUCCAAGUACGUGCAAAUGUUCAACAAGCGACUGCUAGAGUUCCGGGCGAACGGAGACCUGGAGCGGCUGCGACGCUACUGGAUGACGGGCACGUGCCGGCCGGGGAAGCAGGAGCACAAGUCCUCCGACCCGCUGGCCCUCGAGCAGUUCCUGUCCGCCUUCCUGCUCCUGAUGGCCGGCAUCCUGCUGGCGGCGCUCCUCCUGCUGCUGGAGCACGUCUACUUCAAGUACAUCCGCAAGCGGCUGGCCAAAAAGGAUGGCGGCCACUGCUGUGCGCUCAUCUCGCUGUCCAUGGGCAAGUCGCUGACCUUCCGCGGCGCCGUCUUCGAGGCCACCGAGAUCCUCAAGAAGCACCGCUGCAACGAUCCCAUCUGCGACACGCACCUUUGGAAGGUCAAGCACGAGCUGGACAUGUCCCGCCUGCGAGUCCGCCAGCUGGAGAAGGUCAUGGACAAGCAUGGCAUCAAGGCGCCACAGCUGAGACUGGCCUCCUCCUCGGACCUGCUGAACCAUCAUCAUCUCAAGGAGCGGCCACCGCUGCUGGGCAACCUGAGUCUCGCCGCCAGCGCCCAAGAUCUAUACAGGUGGUCGUACAAGACGGAAAUCGCCGAGAUGGAGACGGUGCUCUGAAGCGUUUGGAGCUUUUCGAGCUGGAAGAGCAUCAGAAUGAGGAACUGCUACUCACUCUAGACAGACACCCGCAAUCGAGCAACGUUUUUAGAGUUACUGGAGCAAUCCUAGAGCGAGUACGUCUAAUCAAAAUCAACGUUUCAAAUAAAUGUAAACUGAAAGCUUUCGAAAGUUAGAGACAGGGAGAUACCAGAUAGCGAAAGAUAGCCAAGAAUGAGAAAUAGAAAAGAAAUACAAAGAUAAAGAUACAGAUACAGAAGGGAGAACCCAAAGCGCCUCACGAAAACCGCACACAACUCGAUAAUCGAGAAUCAAGACGACGAGAAACCCUAGAACCCCUACAUUUCCAGCCUAGGAAAAGAAAACCCAAAGAUUGUAUAAAGUUAAACUAAAUGUAAAACAGUAAAACCAACAGUUAAACUAAAUGGAAGCUGAAGAAGAAGCUACCAAAAAGCAGCCGCCGCACGAGUAUUUCAUAAAAUAAGUUUUAAAGAUCAGAAGAGGUAUUAAACAAGAAGAGGAAGAGGAAACUGGGGAGAUCAACCGUUACACUUUUGGCGAUUGAACUGUUAACCGUUAACAAGAAUAGCAAGAAGAAGUAGAAGAAGGUGGGGAUGAAGAGGAGGAGAACCAACCCAGAGUUGGUUAUGUUUGUAUGUAAUCCGUUUGAUUGUUUGUGAUUGUUGUUUCGUUUGUUGUCUUUUUUUGGAUAGUAUAUACAUAUAUUUACGGAAUCAUACUCAAGUAAGCGUAUUGCAAGGGCAUCCACACAUACCAGCAUACCUACAUACCAACAUACAUACAUACAUACAAAGGAGCAGGAAGAGAAGCGGCACCGGUUGCCACGCCCAUUAUUAAAUAUACACAUUAACAGAUUUAUAUGUAUUUACCUUGCUAUGAUUACGACGAUAUAAAUGUUAUUGCAUAUACACGUACAUUUACAUAUACAUUUAAAGAACAAAACGAGAAAUAUUUACAUAUGAAUAUACAUGUAUGUACGUACUUAUAUUUUUUCUGAUUUUGAUAAAGAAAAUGCUUGUGUGCCGCUAACAAAAAGAAAACAAAAAGAGGAAGAAAAAGCCCAAGAAGAAUCAAAAGAAAUGGGGAAAACGAAAUUUUUAUCUCGCUAGGAGAUAACCACACGACUACGAGGCUUCAAUUUAGUUGCUCCUUUCCGCUUUGCUGGGCAACUGCUUGCCAGCGUUCUUUUGUUUCUUUCACUUUCAUUUCGCUUGCUCGCCAAGGGAGAGAGAGCGAGACCCUACCCCCCUCCUCCCACUGUGGCCAGGAGCAAAACCAAAUGAGAAUUUCUCCUGUUAGUUCGACUCUCUUGCAUGUGGCCUAAACUAAAGUUAGUGCAAACUCUCUCUCUCUCUUUCUCUCUCUCUCUCAAACACACACACUCUCUCCCGCAUCCCACCCACAAGCACACCCACAACACACACACACACACUCACCUAACUAGAAAGAGAUAAAAAAUAUUUAUAAAUGUGCAUUGUUGUUGUGGCGAGCAAAACGUGCUUAAAUCAGAUUUAAAGUAAACUUGAAAAUCGAAUUAAAUAUGUACAAAGGUUAAACGAUUAAACGCAUGAACUUAAAACGUAAAAACGACGUAAAUAAUGAAUGAGCUAAAACUAAAUGAUGAGAAGAAUCGGAGGCGUUGUAUUGUGUUGGUAUUUGUUUAUGUGUGUCUUCUAAAUGUUUAGCGAGGAUUACCAAUACUCAAAGAAAGCGCAAAGCAAAGCGUACAUAAAUGUAAACGAAACAAAUUUAACUAACUAACUAAUGCAACUUUAAACACACACACGCACACACACUAGUACAGCAACCAAACACGCACGGCCGUUCAGCUGUGUGUGUGCUUCUUUGAGACUCUUUUCGUUAAAGCCAUCUCUGUUCAAUUAAACCGUUAUACCGUUACAUUGUUAUGUUCCCCGCCCACGCCCCACUCGCCGUUCAAAACGACGAGAGCGGUGAGAGCGAGACGGCAACUGAAACGCAGUACUAUAACUAGAACACUCGACUAACGGACUAACGAACUAGCGGACUUACCCGAAAAAAACAGCGAGAGCUGACAACAAGAACAACAAGAAAGACAAAACAACAAGAACAAUGUUAACAGCAAAAACAAGAAAACAAAACAAAGAAACUUAUUGAGUUUUAUUUGCAAAAGAGUGAUUUUUUGUAGUGGAAAUAUUUUAUACACAAGUUACGGAUGAUUCGAGCGGAGGUCAUAGCGAAAUGUUAAUUAUUACGUAUAUGUAUAUAUUUUUUAAGACAAAUUGUUCAAAUUUAUUAUACGAGUACUACCAAACAAAGCGAGUCAAAACACAAAGCUAAGCCAAAACUGGAAAACGAUGUUGCAGACAACAAUUUAGCAUUAAAACGGAUGGGAGGAGGAAGAAGAGAAGGAGAGAAGAACGACAAAGAGGUAGAGAAGGAGAAGCAGGGGAAGGAGAAGGAGAAGUGAAAACAAAACCUUUACGGACAAAUUAAAACAAGUAAAACAAGUUAACAUUACAUUAUAUAAGUAGUUAGUAAUUUAAAACUAAACCCAAUGAAAAUAAGCUAAACAUCACGACAAAUGAUACUAAAAGCAAACAAAAAAAGGUUUAUGUAUACAAAAAAGAUGUUUUUUUUUAAUAUAUUAUUAAUGUUAUUAAGUUACGAGUGCGAAUAACGAGCGUACACACACAGUCACACUGUCCAGACACCCACACCAACACGAAUAACGAGUGCAUUUUGUUAGGUGUUAAACAUAACGAGAAAAUAAGAAGAAACGAAGCCAGAAAAAUCAUAAACAUAAAUCGAAAUCGAAUCAAUUUUUAAACGCAAAGAUAUGUAUGUAUAUCUUCUCGAACAUAACGACAACGAAUUCAGAGGGUGUCGCCGCUGAAUUCGUAUCUGAAAUCUGAGUCUAAACCAAGUCUCGUCGACCGCCCACACCUGUCCACACCUGAGCGAAGGAGAGAGCGGUGCGGCACCAUAAGGCCGAUCGUAUUUCAAGUUACUAAACACGACACAAUUUUUUAACCACGCCAGCGAAUCGAGCGAAGAAGCGUUUCACGUACAUAAACUAAGCAAAUGGAAUAUGCGUACAUUGUUGUGGUAGUUACAGAUGGAGAGGAGCAUACACGUAAAUUAAAAUAUAAACAAACCAACUUGCAAUAAAUGUGUAUAC